AUGAGUUACAAUGCAGCAGUAGCCCUCACCCGUCUCGUGCUCACCCGUCCAGCAGCGCCUGUCAGCAGAGCCUCUUCCCUUCUUCUCCGGAGCAGCACCAGAUGCUACUCUUCGCACUCGCCCAUGGCCCCCGGUUCCCUCCCGCCCCGGAAGAAGGUCACCAUAAACUCCCUCCGCACCAUGCAUGCCAACAAGGUCCCCAUAGCAAUGAUGACGGCGCACGAUUUCCCCUCCGGCCUAGCUGCUGACCAGGCGCAUAUGGAUAUGAUUCUUGUGGGUGACUCGCUGGCCAUGGUAGCAUUGGGAAUGGAGGAUACGAAUCAAUUGAAGCUGGAGGAUAUGCUUCACCAUUGCCGCGCUGUUUCGAGAGCUGUUAAAUCAGCUUUUACCAUCGGCGACCUCCCAAUGGGCUCCUACGAAGUCUCCCCUGAGCAAGCAGUCCGCUCCGCCAUCUCCAUGAUCCAAGAUGGCCGAGUAGAGUCCGUCAAGCUCGAAGGCGGCGCCGAAAUGUCGCCCACAAUCUCCCGCAUCACCUCCAUCGGCAUCCCCGUCCUAGGGCACAUCGGUCUGACUCCUCAGCGCUCUCACGCCCUCGGUGGCUUCCGCGUCCAAGGCAAGACCGCUUCCAGCGCUAACAAGCUCUUCACCGACGCUCUCACACUACAAGCUGCGGGCUGCUAUUCACUCGUUCUCGAGGCUGUUCCCGCGCCUGUCGCGGCGCUCAUCACCUCCAAGCUGCGGAUCCCUACGAUUGGGAUUGGCGCGGGAGGUGGGUGUAGCGGGCAGGUGCUGGUGCAGAUUGAUGCGUUGGGGAAUUUUCCGGAGGGGCGGUUUAUGCCCAAGUUCGUGAGGAAGUAUGGGAGUGUGUUUGAGGAGAGUAAGAGGGCGAUUGAGAGGUAUCGAGAUGAGGUGAAGAGUGGCCAGUAUCCGGCGGUUGAGCACACGUACCCUAUCAGUAAGGGUGAAUUGGAGGAGUUUGAGGCCAUCGUAGAGAGGCGUUCUAAGGAGUUUGAGAUAGAGGAAUAG